AUGGGCAGCCGGCUGGAGAAGAACUCCAAGGAGGUGCGGAAACGCAUCGAGAACCACUCCUUCACCGAUGAAGCUGGCGAUGAGUAUGAGCCGAGUGCCUUUGGAGGCUUUCCAGAGUACUUUCGCCGCAAGAAGAUUAAACUUCAAAACCUCGACUCGGAGAUACGAGCUGCUGCCAACAAGCCUCAGAUCUUCAAAGGUAUCGUGGCUCAUGUGACUGGUUACACACAACCGCCACUACAUGUCCUCCACAAAGAACUGGUAGAACAUGGAGCGGGCUUCAUCCAGUAUCUAGAUUCCAAAACCAUGGCAACACACAUCAUAGCUUCUACUUUACCGCCAAAGAAGAUGGUCGAGUUCAAUAAAUAUAGAAUCGUCAAACCCGCCUGGGUGACUGAUUCUAUCCAGGCAGGAAAGCUGCUGCCUUGGUCAGAUUACAGAGUCAUUGAAGAGACUCCUCGACAGAAAACCAUCAAAUUCACAGGAGGCAUGAUGUCUACACAAUCAAAUACGCAGCAAUCGCCUCUUAGAUAUCGGGAGCAGACCGACAACAGCUUCUACACCAGUCAGUUGAAGGGCUUCGCCGAAGCUAUUGAUGGGAAGCCUACCAAAAGUCAAUCGCCUGCCGCGACAACAGCCUUCGUUGGGGCCUGUGAAAGUAGUCCUCUCGUGGACCGAGAAACAAGACGUCUUUCAUUUGACAUGAACAUGAUCGAAGCACCUGCGGACAUAGAAGCAAUGGAGACUUCUCACCUCGAAACAGUGCAGAAGCAGGAUCGUGAUGAUGCUCUCAUGUCAAAACCAUCUAUACUGCAACCACCUGAUAAGCCACUAGAAGAGAUGACAUCCGAAGAACACAACGCCCUGCUACUCCAAGACCCACGAAUGCGGAAAUCUUCGACAGCAAAUCCAGAUUUCAUUCAACAGUACUACUCAGAAAGCCGUCUCCACCACCUGUCAACUUGGAAAGCCGAUCUCAAGUCGAGGAUGCAGAGGCUCGCAGCCGAAAGGGGAACACAAGAAAAACCGAUUAGGAGAAAGCCAGGGUCCAGACGUUAUAUCAUGCAUGUCGACUUUGACAGCUUCUUCUGCGCUAUCUCUCUCAAAAGUGCCCCGGAAUUCGUUACCAAGCCCGCCGUUGUGGCUCAUGGCAACGGAACUGGGUCCGAAAUUGCAAGCUGCAAUUAUCCGGCACGGGAAUUCGGCGUAAAGAAUGGCAUGUGGAUGAAGCGGGCCAAGGAGUUGUGUCCCGACCUCAAAGUGUUGCCAUAUGACUUUCCGGCAUAUGAAGAAGCCAGCAAGCUAUUUUAUGAGGCAAUAUUAGAUGUCGGCGGUGUCGUGCAGAGUGUCAGUAUCGAUGAGGCUCUGGUGGACGUGACCCAAGUCAUUUUCAAUGCCGUUGGCUCCAAAGGAGAUGGCAUCGAUGAAGGCAGCAUUUGGAGGGAGCAAGAGAAAGCUGACAGCAUUGCCCGAGACCUUAGGCAAAAAAUCAAGAUCAAAACAGGCUGCGCUGUCUCUGUAGGAAUUGGGGGGAAUAUCCUGCUUGCCAAGGUUGCGCUGCGAAAGGCCAAGCCGGCUGGGCAAUUUCAAUUGAAACCAGAAGCUGUGUUAUCAUUUCUGGCAGAACUCCAGGUUGACAAACUCCCCGGAGUGGCGUAUAGCAUCGCAGGUAAACUGGAAGAAAUCGGAAUCAAGUAUGUCAAGGACAUACGAGAAGUUUCCAAGGAACGACUCAUUACUACGCUUGGCCCAAAGACGGGAGAAAAGCUAUGGGAAUACGCACGUGGGAUCGAUCGCACCGAGGUUGGCGACCAACCUAUACGAAAAUCUGUGUCAGCCGAGGUCAAUUGGGGCAUACGGUUCAUCAACCAAGAAGAAGCGGAAGAAUUUGUUUUGAAUCUUUGCAAGGAAUUGGAAAAGCGGCUUCUAAAUGAACAAGUCAAAGGCAAACAGUUGACCAUGAAGAUCAUGAGACGUUCGCUCGACGCACCACUGGAUCCUCCAAAGCACCUUGGUCAUGGAAAGUGCGAUACAUUCAACAAAAGCACAUUAUUUGGCGUUUCCACCAACGAUCAUAAGCUUAUUGGAAAAGAGGCUAUAUCCAUCCUGCGUUCCUACAGAUUCAGCCCCGGCGAUUUGCGCGGGCUUGGUGUUCAACUCACGAGACUGGAGCCUAUCAAGAUCUCGACGCCUGGCGGGCUCGAGAGCAGUCAGAAGAAACUGAGCUUUGGUGCUUUCAAAAGCCCAGCGCCAGUCAGGAAACCUGCGGAAGAUCCCAUUCAAGAGGUUGCUGGCCCGCUGAGGCCGAGUCCAACCCAGGGCCGCGCUGAAACGGAGGAUCCCAUUACGGACGGGCCUCUGACUCCACGAAAAGCAAAACCCAAUACCUCACAUCCGGCACUCGCUAUUUCAAAGGCCAAUGAGCAUGACGCAAAAGCCAACACACCUCUCAACAUUGGUGGAACGCAAUUUGUCCUGCCAGCGAAUGCCGACCCAGCGGUACUGGCUGAAUUACCUCCGGAUAUACGGAACAAGUUGCUGGCGCAGGCGAAAUCGAAGCCAAAGCCAUCGGCAGCGGUCGAAUCUCCACCUGCUCCUCGAUCAAGAACGGAAAGCCCUGCAUUAGUUGAUGAAAUACCGCCCGAUAUCGACCCGGAAGUUUUCAAUGCGCUGCCGGAUGACAUGAAAGCCGAAGUACUAGCCUCUUACAAAAGGCCAAGACCUGCUCAACAACUCCUGCCACAGUCUCCGCGAAAGGAUCGCAUCAUUAAGCCCAUGAAGAAGACAACGCCAACAAAGAAGCGCGUUCCGGGGAUUUUUGCUAGGGCUCGAGAACGGCAUGCCGACGCACAGAACAAGGUUGUCCAGACCAGUCUCGCCUUCAACGCUGGCGAAGAAGCAGGUCUCAGUGAUGUUGAUGAGCUAGACCAAGAUUUUCUAGCCGAGCUCCCAGAGUCGGUGCGGAAAGAAGUGAUUGCCGACUUUCGGCGCAGAAAGGCACAGCGCUCUGGACUGGACCUGAAGAUUUCGCACAAGCGCCAACGAGAGGCCGAUAGCGAUGAGGCGCUUCAGGGAGGGCAGACAAAGCUGCAGUUUAAUGCGCGGCCAAGCAAGAUCGCCUUUACCAAUGCCGGAUUGACCUCGCUGUCUGAUAUUCGGGAUAUGCUCAAUGUUUGGCACAAGGAAACGGCAGCCGAGGGCCCCCAUAGGCGAGAUGUCGAGAUGCUGGAAAAGUAUCUGGCUAGAGUCGUCCUCGAGGAGAAGGAUAUGGACAAGGCAACGAAACUCGUCCAGUGGUUGGAUUAUCUGGUCGAAGAGAACGAGGCCGAGUCCCGCGGCAAGACAAAAUGGCUCGCUGUGGUACAAGGCAUCAAGGCCGAGGUACAGAAUGCGGUGAAGCAGCGCGGCCUGGGCCCCUUGGAUAUAUAG